UCUAAAAUGCCUCAGAAGAAAGACUAGCAGUAGCACUGAUGGAAAGCUUGCAUUUGCGAGUAGACUUUUGACAGAGCCUGGCAGACCUUGAUGUGCUCAAACAAGAAAAACUCUUAUGAAGCACAAGUUAGACAUGCGCUCUGAUCAUGAACUGGUACAGAGCCUGAAUAAGAAGCCCCUGCUGAGUGUACCCAGGCAACUAAAAUGCCCCCUAUUUGGAUUCCAGGACUGCAAUAAUGGGGAAGGGGACUGAAAGAAGGGUCUGAACAGACUUUGGGCAUGGUGUUAGCCUGCUGGGCAGACAGUGAUGCCAUUAAGUAUCUCACUGAAUCUCUUCAGUCUGUCGGGGAAUUAGAGCUGGAAAAUGCCAUCGAGAACAUCAUUGAAGCUGUUGAAAAACAGCCUUUGUCAACCAAUAUGAUUGAACUGUCCACGGUGGAAGCAGCAGUCCAAGAAUGUAGCCAGUCAUUAGAUGAAACGAUAGAAAACGUUUUCAGUAUUAUCGGGGCCUUCGAUGUUCCACGUUAUAUUUAUAAUUCAGAAAGGAAGAAGUUUCUACCUGUAUCAAUGACUAGCCGUUCUCCACCAAAUUUAUUUGGAACCGCGAGGGAUAAAGCAGAGUUGUUUCGUGAACGAUAUACUAUGUUGCAGCAGAGGACUCAUAGACAUGAGUUGUUUACUCCCUCUGCGAUUGGUGCUCAACCUGAUGACGGCAGGAACAAAUUCCAGCUUAAAACAAUAGAAUCUCUGCUUGGCAAUACAGCUAAAAUUGGGGAAGUGAUUGUUCUAGGAAUGAUAACCCAGCUGAAGGAGGGAAAAUUUUUCUUGGAAGAUCCUACAGGGAUUGUCCAGCUGGAGCUUAGUAAAGCACAGUUCCACAGCGGCUUGUACACUGAGUCAUGCUUUGUUUUGGCUGAAGGUUGGUAUGAGGAUCAAGUAUUUCAUGUGAAUGCUUUUGGAUUUCCACCCACUGAGCCUUCGGCUACCACAAGGUCAUAUUAUGGGAACAUAAACUUUUUUGGAGGGCCUUGCUCGACUUCAGUAAAAGCAUCUGCAAAACUGAAACAACUAGAAGAUGAAAAUGUAGAUGCUAUGUUUGUCUUUGUUUCUGAUGUUUGGCUGGACCAAGCAGAAGUGUUAGAAAAGCUUCACACUAUGUUUUCAGGUUAUUCUGCUGCACCUCCAACUUGCUUUUUCUUUUGUGGAAAUUUUUCAUCUGCGCCAUAUGGGAAUAAUCAGAUUCAGUCACUAAAAUGUUCCCUGAAGACUCUUGCAGACAUAAUUUGUGAAUAUCCCAACAUUCAUAAAAGCAGCCGAUUUGUGUUCAUUCCUGGCCCUGAAGAUCCUGGUCCUGGUCCUAUUUUACCACGGCCACCGCUAGCAGAAUGCAUCACUCAGGAAUUCAAGGAGCUGGUGCCAUUUUCAGUUUUCACUACAAAUCCUUGCAGGGUACAGUACUGCACACAAGAAAUCAUCAUCUUUCGUGAAGAUUUAGUAAACAAGAUGUGCAGAAACUGUGUCCACUUUCCUAGCAGCAACUUGGAUGUUCCUAACCAUUUUGUAAAGACUAUCUUAUCUCAAGGACACCUGACUCCACUUCCACUUUACGUCAGUCCUGUAUAUUGGGCUUAUGACUAUGCCUUGAGAGUGUAUCCUGUGCCAGAUAUGGUUGUCAUUGCAGACAAAUAUGACCCCUUCACUGUCAACAAUGCUGACUGCAUUUGCAUAAAUCCUGGUUCUUUCCCAAAGAGCGGAUUUUCAUUCAAGGUGUUCUAUCCCUCCAACAAAACAGUUGAAGACAGCAAACUACAGGAUCUUUGAAACUUCACUGACAAAUGAAGCAUUCUGUUCCAACAUGCUGCAGUGCUAUUUUUUUGUUGUUUUAUAUGGAUUCAUUUUAUAAUAAUUUACAUAUUAUUCUGUACUGAAUGCCAGCAUUUUUGUAAAUAAAUACUUACAUAAAAUAACUGUUUCAUAGGAAAAUUAUGAUUGAUAGGAUGCCAUCUGAAUUCAUAUAAACCAAAGGGGUGGCAGUUCACAGAUUCAGAGACGUUAGGGGCUGGAAGUGACCUCUUGAGAUCAUGAGGUCCAGCCGCCCUGUGCUUGUGCAGGUAAGACUGCUGGGAUCAGAUCUUAGCAGAGGGCUGCUCUCUCCUCCCAUACUGAAGCCUCACUGGAUUAGCCACUCUGAAAGACUGGGAGAGGCAAUCUAGAGCAGGGGUGGCCAGAGUUGCUCGCCCUGGGACACAUCCGAUCCUCCACUGAAGUUCAAGAGCCAGAGAGUAGGAGGGGGCGAAGGGAGGGAUGCUGAGCGACCUGGCUUUGUUCCCCCCCUGCGCCUGCCAGCAGUCAUUAGGCACUGGCAGCAGGAUCAGACUCCUGCUGCCGCAGUGCAGAGCCACUCUGGCUUUCCCCAUGGGGGGCGUGCUCCAGGGUAAGUGGUACGGCUGCAGCCUCUGCCCCAGCAGCCUCGCACCUGAGCCUGCAGUCCUGGAAGUGGGUGGGCUUCACCCUAUUUCUGGAGAACCACAAGUACCAUGCCAGCGCACAGUUUGGCCACUGUAGAUUUAAAGGCUGCAGGGUCGUUAGCCCUUCUGCACAGACCAGGAACAAAUUGAAGCAAAAAUGUAUCUGAAAUAGAUUUCAUUUUCUAUUCAAUGUUUCACUCGGAAUUAAUGCGUCUAAUGCAACAUUAUGUACGCUUUCAGUAUUUUGCAUGACUGUUUACAGAAUAUAAAAUGUAAUGGCAUCAGUCCAUUUUAAUAGUUUUAAGUGUCAGAAACCAACUGUGACGCACUGAUCUGAAAACCUUUAUUUGUCCAGUAUCUCUUUCUGCUAUGGUAUAACUUAGUACAGCUGAAGCACGUGGAAACUCCAGUCUUGGACCAGUACCAUGGCAUGCAAGCACCGUGCAAACAGAGUAACUGUCCUUGUCCUUAAUACGAAAAGUGUACAUGAGGGAGUAACAGAAGGCAAUAUUAUUCUUGGUAUGGGGGAGGUGGGAUUGUGGUGAACCAGGAGCCUAACCUUUGUCAACUUUUACAUAAAAAUUACAGCAAGAGUGUGUUAGGGAAGCAUCUGAAGAAUGUGAGGGUGUUUUGCUAAGUGCCGUAAAAGCAACAGAGUAAGAAAGUCCUACCCAGCCUUCAAUAGAUUACAGUCUGAAUAAGGAAAUGAGAUCAUGCUGGGAUGAGAGGUUUAGCUGCGUGGAUAGAAAAGCAGCAGGGGUGUGUGAAGCAAGCUCAAUUCGGAUUCAGAUUCGGCCCGAAUCGGGGACAGCAGUUUGAUUUGUUGAUUCGGAUCACUGUCCCCGAUUCAA